AUGGAUGUUCAUAAAACUUACGGUGAUAAUCACUUCAUGACGCAUGGAAGUCAAAUAAUUAUGCUGUACACUUUCAACUUACACAGUGCCGUGGAUGCUCUGCGGUUGCGUUUGGAAGAGAAGGAAACCAUGCUGAAUAAGAAGACAAAACAAAUCCAGGACAUGGCUGAGGAGAAGGGGACACAAGCUGGAGAGAUCCAUGACCUCAAGGACAUGCUGGAUGUGAAGGAGCGGAAAGUUAAUGUCCUUCAGAAGAAGAUUGAAAAUCUCCAAGAGCAACUUAGAGAUAAGGAAAAACAGAUGAGCAGCUUGAAGGAGCGAGUCAAAUCCUUGCAGGCUGACACCACCAACACUGACACCGCCUUGACUACUUUGGAGGAGGCCCUUGCCGAGAAGGAGCGGACAAUCGAACGCUUAAAGGACCAGCGGGACCGAGAUGAGCAAGAAAAGCAGGAGGAAAUUGAUAACUACAAAAAAGAUCUUAAAGACCUGAAAGAAAAAGUCAGCCUAUUGCAAGGCGACCUCUCAGAGAAAGAGAUCAAGAUCACCAAAAUGGAAUUAUUUGGUUUGCUUAGCCAGUGCAUUGCUUCACUCUUGGAUCUGAAAGAGCAUGCUUCUUCCCUGGCUUCCGCAGGAUUGAAAAAGGACUCACGGCUUAAGACACUAGAAAUUGCUUUGGAGCAGAAGAAGGAAGAGUGUCUGAAGAUGGACUCGCAGUUGAAAAAGGCACACGAGGCAGCAUCGGAAGCCAGAGCCAGUCCAGAGAUGAGUGAUCGAAUACAGCAAUUGGAGAGAGAGAUUGCCAGGUACAAAGAUGACUCUAGCAAGGCCCAGGCAGAAGUUGACCGCCUCUUGGAAAUCUUGAAGGAGGUGGAAAAUGAGAAGAAUGACAAAGAUAAGAAGAUUGCUGAGUUGGAAAGGAGGAUCUUGGUACCAGGACCGCAGAAUGAAGAACUUGGAGUCCCCGUGGCUAAUCCAGCGGAGGGAAAAGGAGAAACAGAGACGGGAGAGAAAAUAAAGGGAACCCUUGGUGCUGCUGCAGGCCCAAGUCCAGAUUUGUGUGUGUGUGUCCCCCCAUGAUGAAAACAUCAUUAAAAUAAAAUCUCAUGAAUAGACUCUUAAGAAGCAGAGUCUACUUGAAGUCCUGGAAAAUGUGAAAGCACUAAUAUUCAUGGACAACUCUACACUCUGAAAGUUACUGCAAAUUUUGUUGAUCUCUAUUUUGUCUAGGAGUUUUUCAAAUUUUCUACCAUGAUCAUUUGUUAGUUUUAUCAUUACAUAAUAAAGGCA